CAGAGGGUACCAUAACUUUUGCUGGAGAGGAUGAAUGCUCAAACAUUCGCAAAUAUAAAAAUGCUAGGGAGUUUGUAAGAAAAUCUGCGGAAGAAGUAGUUCCGUACUACGGUACACCGAUGACAGUAAGCUUUGGAGAUAAUGUUCAGAACAGGAAACAAAUUGGAUAUAAUAAACUAAUCGUUGGUGGAAGACAGAAUUCAAUGAACUUUCCAGUUGUUCUAGAAAAAAAAUUGGGAGGAAGGGAGUUUGUAGCUGUAUGUCAUCUCAAAUCUGAAUAUCCGAUGAAGAUAUUUCCGACUUUUGAAAUAAUGAACAGCGAUUUGAAAAGUCUUGAAGCAAUGAAUGAUUACAGAGACAAUUCCACAUAUUCAAAAUAUUUUGAUAAUGAGUUGAGUGAGGUUUGGAAUUGCGCAAAGGAAACUAAUGAUGACUUGCCUUUUCUGAGAGUUGUCAAUCGACAAUGCAUGAAGAAACACGUUCCUAAUAAGGUAGGAGAAAUUCACUAUUCAGGAAUGGAUGAGAUAUGGAUUGAGUCAAUGGAAGAUGCAUAUGAUGUGAGAACUAAAAGUAUUAGAUAUUUGGACAAAUCGGAUUAUGGGCUUAUUGAUUUCAGUAAGUUGUUUUGAGUGUUUUGUUCUAUAGAGUCUUUUACAGAAUAAGCUGUGUUAGCACUUCAAUCAAAACACCGUUCUUCUUGAGAGCGGAUGGAAAAUAAAUUUUCAUAGUAAGGUGAAAUAAAAAGUUAUCCCCUAUAAUUUUAUAGGGGAAGGAAAUUUUCAGUUUCCUCAGUCUACCACUGAUGAUGAUGCCAAGUGCAUCGAAACAAGUUUGGACUCAAAUAAAAACUUUGUGGAAUUGACAACAUCUUUUUAUUUCACCUUACUAUGGAGAAAUUUCACAACAUCUCUGUGCAAAGUGUUAAUUUUAAAUAAAUUUUCUUUAGUGAC